CACCACUCCUGACCUGCUGUGAACGUCGCCCGCUUGAGUCCAGCGUCCUCAAUACGGGCUGUGUACGUUACCCAGAGAAUAAGAGGAAAUAACAAGCCACAACAACCGAGGAGGACGUACACAAUAACAGGAAGACGUUGGUAUGUGCUGAGAGAAUGGGGAAAAUAUGAGGAAAACGGGGAAAUAAGGACGCAUUUCUCCUGCUGCUGCUGCUGCUGCGUUUCCGGAGUGUCUGUGGGUUUUGCUGGAGAGAGGAUGUUGCUGCUGCAUCGCGCGGUCGUCUCACCACAUCUCAUUGUGAUUAAGCAUCGAUUGGAAGUCUGCGUGUGAACAGACAAGAAGCUGAAAUGUUGUCUGCGGGGUCUGAAGGAUUUCCCUGAUAAUCUGCGAGAGUCUCCGCGCGCAGCCUUCCUCCUCAGUCGCAUCACUGCCGGCUUAUGUGAGACGCAAAGGAGAGAGGAGAGAAAAAAGACAGUUGAUAUUCUCCUCUGUGUUGAAUUAUUUAGGAGUAUCUGUUCCUCAAGCUCAACACAUGCUGGUGUCUUUGUCUUACAUCUUCUGUGCGUGAUUUUAAAGCCGGGCAGGAAGAAAGUGGAGGUGACACGGAUGACAGCCGAUGGCCAGGCGUCCCAAAUUUCCUCAGAAGGGGGAUGCAACCUAAAAUAACCUCUGUGUCAGAUGGUAAGAGAGCAGAUUUAUGUUCAGGAAUCAGCGCACUGCAACGUUUGUGUUUCUGUGUGGACUCGGGUCUGCCGAUGUAACCUCCCUGCAGCUUUCCGCACAUCUCAAACCGAGGGAGCCUUGAAUCUGCUGCACUCACGGCUUCUCCUGAACUGCCCCCCCUCCCCCUCUCCAUCCCCCCUGUUCCUGACCCCUCCUCAUCACUCGGAGCCCCGACUUUUUUUUAAUGGCUUUUGUGUUCAGAAGAUGGAGGGUUUUACUGCUGCUGAACGUGCUUGCGGUCGCUGGCUUCAUGACCUUCUGGGCCAAGUGCAACACGCGCAGCAUCCAAGCCGCCGGUCCGGAGGCUCCGGCUGACGGAAAGCGGCCCCGGGCCAACGGAACAGCACAGGGGUCCAGCAUCAGCCACGAGGUGCUGCUGAAGAGGCUGAGCUCGCUGGAGGAUGUGGUGUACAGGCAGUUAAACGGUCUGUCAAAAUCCCUGGGCCUGAUUGAGGGCUUCGGGGGUCGGGGUAAAGACGGGCUUCCUGCCACACUGUCGCCAGCCGAGGAGAGUGAUGCUAAAUACCUGAGAGACAAGUAUGGCUACAACGCUUAUCUCAGUGACAGAAUCUCUCUGGAUCGGACCAUACCAGACCACCGGCCCAGCAAAUGUAGGAAAGUCAGCUACCCGAGAGACCUUCCCCAAAUCUCCCUCAUCUUCAUCUUCGUCAACGAAGCUCUGUCUGUGAUCCUGCGCUCGGUCCACUCGGCUGUCAAUCACACACCAGCUCACUUGAUCAAAGAGAUCAUCCUAGUGGAUGACAACAGUGACGACGAGCAGCUGAAAGGACCACUGGAGGAGUACGUGAACAAGCGCUACCCUGGCCUGGUUAAGAUCGUAAGGAACCAGAAGAGAGAGGGAUUGAUCCGGGCCAGAAUCGAGGGCUGGAAGGUGGCCACUGCUGAGGUGACUGGAUUUUUUGAUGCCCAUGUGGAGUUCACUCCUUCAUGGGCUGAGCCGGUCUUGGCAAGAAUAAAAGAAGACCACAAGAGGAUCAUCUUGCCGUCCAUCGACAACAUCAAGCAUGACAAUUUUGAGGUGGAGCGCUAUGAGAACUCCGGCCAUGGUUACAACUGGGAGCUGUGGUGCAUGUACAUCAAUCCACCCAAACAGUGGUGGGACGAGGGAGACAUGUCUGCUCCUAUCAGGACUCCUGCCAUGAUUGGCUGCUCCUUCGUGGCCAACCGUAAUUACUUUGGAGAGCUCGGUCUGCUGGACUCUGGCAUGGAUGUAUACGGAGGAGAGAACAUCGAGCUGGGCAUAAGGGUGUGGCUGUGUGGAGGUAGUAUGGAGGUGCUGCCUUGCUCCAGAGUGGCUCACAUCGCUCGAAUGAAGAAACCAUACCACAGCAACAUAGCUUUCCACACACGGCGCAAUGCUCUGCGUGUGGCCGAGGUCUGGAUGGACGAGUACAAGUCCAACGUGUACCUGGCCUGGAACAUCCCGAUGGAGAACCAUGGGAUUGAUUAUGGAGACAUAUCUCAGAGGGUUGAGCUGAGGAAGAGUCUGCAGUGUAAGAGCUUUCAGUGGUACCUCGACAAUGUUUACCCAGAGAUGAGGAGGUACAAUAACACGCUGUUCUACGGGGAGAUCCGAAACUCUAAAGUAAGCCAUUUGUGCAUGGAUCAGGGUAUGAAGGAGAACCACACAGCCACCCUACACCCUUGCCAUGGGUGGGGUCCUCAGUUGGGACGUUACACCAAAGACGGUCAGCUGUUCCUGGGUCCACUGGGAAGCACCGGUGAGGACACUCGCUGUGUGGUGGAUGAUCAGAUCAGCAGCUUUCCACAGCUCCUCAACUGUGACAAAGUGACCAAUGUCAAACAGAAGACAUGGCAUUUCACUCAGAACGAAUCCAUCAUAAAUCGAGCCACGGGGCGCUGUCUGGAGGUGGUGCCGGCCAACGUUUAUUUUGGCCACCUGCUGGUCCUGCAGCCCUGCUCCGGGCAGAGGUGGACCAUCAAGAACACCAUGAAGCAAUAGUCAUCAUCCAAGCCAGUUUCAGACGGGUGUUAUAAAGUACACGCCAAGACCAGGACCUGUCACGUGACCUCAGCUUGGCACAUGAACAGACGAUGAGGUAGAGGCUACUCGUCUUUAAACAAAAGACUGGAGAAGAAACUAUUUCUAAGAUGGGUGCUGCGAAUAAUAUAAUGUUACGGUGAAUAAAAAAAGGUUUAUUUUUUACAAAGAGAGCAUUUAAAAUGACAAGCUAAGUGUGGAGGCUGAUUCUCUCUGAAUUUUACAACCUUUUGACGUGAUGCUAUAAUUCCUGUAUGUGCCAUUUCUCUACAGUGUUUUUAGGUUAAGAAUAGACAUCCAGUCUAUGAAAACAGUGUCAUGUCUUAUUCAGGGGAAAAAAUUACAAGCUUCACCCCCAAACUCCAUAGGCAAUAUGUUGUUCUGCGUCACAUCACGUCUUUUAAGAUGGAAAAUAGAAUAAAAUACCUGGAAUUCAAGUUUCAGUAAAUAUGCAUUGAUAAGAUUACAUUUAUAGUUUUAACAGGUUUCAUCUGUUUUAGUGUCAAAUAGCUGAAAAUGUCUAAGAAGUAUAAACUUAACAGAACUAAUUAAAAUAUUACAAAUGUUUUUUAUCCUUUUUUUCCGGUUAGAAGAGUAGACACUGUAAAUAUUUAUCAUUUAAAGAUAAAGGCAUGAACCGUGAAUAUUACAUGGUGAUUUAAAAGCUUAUUUUAUUAAUUUUUUUUAGUUGUCAGAAAUCAUUCCAUCUAAGAAUAAAAAUAAUAAAAAUAAAAUAAAAAUAUUUUGUGUAAAAUUGCCAAGAGGGCUACUGAGCUCAGUCAUGGCUCUAUACGUCAUGACUUUUUUUAUUUAUUUUUUUCUAUCUUGAAGCGUUCCGUAGCAUCAGAUGCAGUGAAUCUUGUAGCAUGGUUGUGACUACUUUAUGCACAUGGGUACCAAGUUGAGUUGAUUUGUUCUGUUACCUGCCAUAACUACUGCAGACUUCCACAACUAACGAAGCACUUUUGUCAUGACAGACAACGGAAAAGUGCAUAAGUGUAUGGACUGCUGACAUGCUGGAGGCCUUCAGGGCUGAAAUUAUUAAAAUACUGACAUGUAUAUGAUGUCAUAUGUUUAAUUAAUUCAAUGUUACUGGUUGAAUUUUUGCUCCUAAGAUUGUCUUCCAAUAAACAACUGAUUUCCUG